ACAUAUAUAUUGCACACACUGUAUAUCUGAAGAACACAUAACAGAGAUAGAAUACAAAAUUCGUGGAUGAUGCAUUGCCUGCACAACAUGCGAAAUCUAUGAUUCAAAGCUCAAUCAAAUGUAGUCAUAUCUCAAGGACUCAAGAUGGAAGAUCCAAAAACUCGAAUCAAGAUCAAGAUCAAAUUUGAGAAGAUCGUAACAUGGUACAAGAGGUUCAGAUUUGGAAAGUUGCCGGAGCAGAAAAGUCCGGCGGCGGAGGCUCCUCCGUCGUUCGCGCCGUGGAUCGAUCUGCCGUUAGACGUGACGGCGGAUAUCCUGCACAGGCUGGGAGCGGCGGAGAUGCUGGAGACGGCGGAGAAGGUGUGCAAGACGUGGCGGAGCGUGUGCCGUGAGCCGAGCAUGUGGCGCGUCGUGGACGUGAAGAACUCGGGGUCAUGCUACGACACGCGCCGCCUCGGGAGCAUGUGCCGGCGCGCCGUGGACCGGAGCGGCGGGGAUCUGAUGGACAUUAAUAUUGAGUAUUUCGGCAACGAUGAACUUCUUCACUACAUUUCCCAAAGAUCAAGUAAGCUGAAACGUCUGCGGCUGUCGUGCUGCAAGAAUGUGUCGGGAAAAGGGGUGAGCUCGGCGGCGAAGAGAUUCAGAGAGCUAGAAGAGUUGCACAUAUUGUUCAUGAACCAAAUGGUGGUGGAAGACGUGGAGGCCAUCGGCGUUGAGUGCUUGAGCUUGAGGUCCUUCACGCUCAUCAAACACGACGCCGUUUCAGGAGUGGGGAAUGGCAACGAUUAUUUAGUAGCCAUUGCAAAAGUGAUGCCCAAUUUGGUUCAUCUUCGCCUUGGCUUUUUCGGAUCCACCAUCACCAAUAAAGGCUAUCAAGCCAUUCUCGAUGGUUGUCCACGCGUCGAAUCACUCAUAUGCUGGUAGUCUAUUGACUUUCUUCUCAUCUCAUUACCUUAUGCAAAGGUAUCGAGAAAUCAAAAAGGCCGUGGUGAGAGAAGCCAUUUACCAUUAUAGUAGGUGUCCUCGAUGAAAUACAUUCGAUAUGUGCUACUAAAUGACCUAAGAAAUUAAAUGUGUAAAUUUGAAAAUUAUGUUCGCAUAUGACCAAUUGGAUAUCUAGAUUGUAUUUAUAUAGUAUUGGAUUUA